CCGCACGUCCUUCAGCGGCGUUUUAACGAGAGCUCCUCAUCUGCGGACUUGAGGACGCGUCGGGAAAUAAUUUCCAUUCCCCACCCCGUUGUCAAAAGAAAGUAAAAUGUGGCUUUCCGCAUGACUGAAAUAUUACCGUGAACUAGAGCCGAGGACGGACAGAGCUGAAACAGCGUGGCUAACAACAUCAGAAUCUGAAGAGGGCGGCCAUGCGGAAGACUGAUGCGUCCAUAUGGGAGAUGAGCCUCGCCAUCUUUCUAAUCUCCUCCAGCGUCCAGAUGGAUGCGAGCCAGUCGCAGAGCGCCUACUUCCUUCCCGAAUUUGCACUGUCUCCCCAGGGGAGCUUUCUGGAGGACACUACCGGGGACCAACUUUUAACCUACCGUUAUGAUGAUCAGGCUUCAAGGAUGACACGGUCAGAUGAGGAUGGGGACGACAACUGGGAUGCCUGGGGCACCUGGAGCGAGUGCUCUCGAACCUGUGGAGGCGGGGCCUCCUAUUCCUUGCGUCGCUGUCUUAAUGGAGAAAACUGUGAAGGUUUAAACAUCAGAUACCGAACUUGCAGCAAUCUGGACUGCCCUCCUGAUUCGGGGGAUUUCAGAGCCCAGCAGUGCUCUGCCCACAAUGAUGUCAAGUACCAGGGUCGUACCUAUGAGUGGAUCCCUGUGACGGACGACCCCUCAGCUCCCUGUGCCCUGCGGUGUCAGGCACGGGGACAUGAACUGGUGGUGGAGUUGGCACCCAAGGUGCUGGAUGGUACCCGCUGCAAGACAGACUCCCUGGAUAUGUGCAUCAGUGGGGUAUGCCAGGCGGUGGGCUGUGAUCGACAGCUUGGGAGCAACGCCAAAGAGGACAACUGCGGCGUCUGUGCCGGGGACGGCUUGACAUGCAGGCUGGUGAGGGGACAGACCCUGUCGCACGUCUCUGAGGAAGAACCCCUGAAGACUGUGCUUGAAGUCCCACUAGGCAGCCGCAAUGUGAGGAUUACAGCCAAGGGACCAAAUGUCAUUAUUGUCGAGUCACACAGUCUUCAAGGACAUCAAGAGGAGCACGGAUUUAGCUCUCCGGGGUCCUAUGUGAUAGUGAACACCACUGUGGACUUCCAAAAGUCACUGGACAGACAGACACUCAGUGUCCAGGGACCUCUGACAGUGGACUUCAUCUUCAAGGUGAAGUUUGUGGCUUCCCAAGACACCCUUGUCCAGUUUGUGUUCUACCAGCCCAUUCGCUACCAGUGGAGAGAGACGGACUUCUUCCCCUGUUCAGUCACGUGUGGAGGAGGUUACCAGCUCAACUCAGCUGAGUGUACAGAUGUCCGGUACAACCGCACCUUGCCCGACAUCCAGUGUAGUGGAUACCCUGAGAACAGGAAGCCCAAGCCCAAGCUGAGAGAGUGCAACAUGGACCCGUGCCCAGAAAGCGAUGGCUUCAAGGAGGUGAUGCCGUACGACCACUUCCAACCCCUCCCUCGCUGGGAGCACAACCCCUGGACAGCAUGCACAGUGUCAUGCGGAGGGGGUAUCCAGGAGAGGACCGUGCUGUGCGUGGAGGAGAACAUGCACGGCCAGAUCUCCCAGGUGGAAGACUGGAAGUGCACCUACUCAACUCGGCCAGCACUAAAGCAGAGCUGCAAUGCUUUUGACUGUCCUCACUGGGUGGCCAUGGAAUGGUCUCAGUGCACAGUUACCUGUGGCCGUGGCUUGCGUUACAGAGUGGUUCUGUGCAUUGAUCACAGAGGGCAGCACACUGGGGGAUGCAACGCCGGGCUGAAGCCUCACAUCAAAGAAGACUGCCUGGUUCCUGUUGCAUGCUACAAGCCCCAAGAAAAGCUUCCUGUGGAAGCAAAGCUGCCUUGGAUAAAACAAGCCCAAGAGCUGGAGGAACCACGAGCCUCUUCUGAAGAACCCAUGUUCAUCCCCGGUCCAUGGCAGCCCUGCAGUGCCACCUGUGGGCCCGGCCACCAGCGGCGUCAGGUAACCUGUAGAGUCUUACUGACCUUCAGUGAAGCUGAGGUGGACCUGCCCGAUGAGGAGUGCAGUGGGGAUAAACCACCCAUCGAGAGGGCUUGUGACCUGGGGCCCUGCAUCUGGGACUCGGCCCUCCAGCAGUUCCCACGUUCUCCUCACCAGGGAGCGGUUCGCCACCAUUGGGAGCACAGAGGAUUCACCCCCUGCUCGUCAUCCUGCGCCGCAGGAACACAGGAGUCCAUUGCGACGUGUGUGAACAGAGAGCGCGGUGAGGUGGCGCAAGACUCCUUCUGCGACGGCUCCAGCCGGCCGCCAGUGAUGACACGAACGUGCAACCCCGAUCCCUGUCCUCCCAGGUGGGAAGUGGGCCCGUGGAGCCAGUGCUCAGCCACGUGUGGUAUGGGGAUUCAGUCGAGGAAGGUGCUCUGCAGGCAGCUGAUGUUGCAGGCGCAGGGUGAUGAAGCCACGGUCCCAGAUGGGGAGUGCAAGGACUUCAGGCCUUCUGUGCUGCAAGCAUGCAACCAGGUUGACUGUCCUCCAAGCUGGCAAGCAGAAGACUGGCUGGAGUGCUCUCACACGUGCGGGGAGGGUGUUCAGUCACGCAAGGUCCAUUGCAUCCAGUUGCUUUCUAUGGGAGGCAAGAGGAAACUGACAGAUGAUGCCUGCUUGGGGGCCAAGCCGAUGGCCCAGAAGCCCUGUGCCAGGGCAGACUGUCCUACUUUGAUUGCAGGAGGAGAGUGGUCCAAGUGUUCCGUGACCUGUGGGACAGGGAUCCAGAUGAGGGAGUCGGUGUGUCGGAGGCGGACUGCCACGGGCCAGCAGGUCACCUCAGGUCAUGCAGCUUGCGUCAGCCCCCACGCCCCGCCCCUCUUUAGGACCUGCCGUAUGAGCGCCUGCAACCGGAAGCAAAUGGAGAAGAGGCCUGAUGUACAUCAGGAACGUGGUCCAGAGAUUCUGGGCCUGCACCGCAUCUACAUCCAGACCCGACAGGAGAAGCGCAUUCACUUCACCGUUGGAGGACAAGCCUACCUACUGCCCAAGACCUCUGUCGUCAUCAAGUGCCCAGUUCGCAAGUUCCAAAAGCUUCACAUCGGGUGGGAGAAGGACGGCCGGCCUCUUGUCAGGUCCAGACGGCUGGGGAUCACCAAAUCAGGCUCCCUGAAAAUCCACAGCCUGGAAGCUAGCGACAUUGGGGUCUAUCGCUGUGUGGCAGGCCAGGCCACAGAGACCUUUAUCCUUAAGCUGAUUGGCAAUGACGACAGGCUACUCAAACCCUCCGAUGGGAGGAGCCAAAUUCUGGAGCGUCACAGUAGCUUAGCCAAACUGGAGCCCAGUGAAGCCAGCCAUCUGGACGAGAAGUGGAACCGGAUGAGUAAGAUGUGGCAGAGCUGGAGCAGAAAGAAUAAGUUUUAUUUGGAUGACAGCCAGGCCCAAGAUCGGCCCUUUCUGAAAGUUCUUGGCAGUUACUUGACAAACUCCACGGAGCCCAGCCACCCCCUGCAAGUACCAGACAAACACCUGGAGGCCACAGUGUUUCAGGGCGCCUACAGCUUGGAGCCAAAGCAGUUUGAGGAGCUGGUGAGAAACAUCAGUCAGCUAACAGAAAACGCGGAUGUGGCCGAAAGCCUGGCCUCCCAGCUCAUCCGCAAGCUGAUGUCAGAAGCAUCCGGGCCCCAGGCUGCUACAGAGAAAUGGGCUGGGCCAUUUGAGAACAGCGCCCUAAAAGCAAAGCUCACAGACAAGAACCACAGCUCAUCAGAACAGGCUCAUGACAAUGGCAAAGAAAGACAGGGGAAGCCCAUCAUCAUUCGACAGAAGCAGAACCCCCUGAUGACCUUCCAGAAAAGCAUCAACAUAAGCAUCGGGAGAUCAGCCUUUUUGACUAACACAACACACAGUGUGUUCCUGCUGUGUGCCGCCUGGGGUGUGCCAAAACCAAAGGUCACUUGGACCAAGGAUGGUGUCCCCUUACAACAUACAGAAAGGAUAUCUUGGGACAGCGCUGGAGGACUGCGUGUCUCUGAACCCAGCCUGGGAGAUGUGGGAGUGUACGGGUGUACGGCCACGAACGAGUUGGGCUCUGACUCGGAGACCUCCCAGCUGCUGCUUGCUGAGCCCCCAGAAAUCGCAGUGUCUAAGAGGGAAGUGUCGGACCUGGAGAGCCGCACCGUGAAGGCUGUGGUCGGGGACAAGGUCACGGUCUCUCAUGGAGCUGAUGUCACCCUUGAGUGUCCUGUGACAGCAGGUGUCCCCCAACCCACAGUGAAUUGGCAUAAAAGGGAAAAUGGACUGGAUGGGAACACAGUCAUGUUGUUCAACGGCUCCUUAUUUCUCCGCAACGUUUCUGUGGAGGGUAAUGGGACGUACUCCUGCCUGGCCUCCAAUCCAUUGGGAACAUCUGUGGCAUCCAGCCUUCUCCUUGUGUCUGAUCCAAGGUUCGCUCAGAGGAGCUUCAUGCACAGGGAUGUGGGUAGGAAGACGGUGCUGAUGGCAUCUCCAGUGGGCAACAGUGUCACCGUGAGACCCGGGGAGCUCCUGCGUAUCGUGUGUCCUGUGCCAUCCAGCCACACCGGAGCCAUCAGCUGGGCCUUCCGGAACCAGACUCUGGCGCAAACCCCUGGUCUGCAGUACAGAACACUGCUCAGGGGACGAGUGCUGGAGGUGAACACGCUCUUUGGCAGUUUUGGGGGUCGGUACACAUGCCGGACCUCCACGGGUUCACAGCCGGUGUCUGCCUGGGUCCACGUCCGCCAGGAAGAAUUUGCGUGGAAGCUGGCCGACUGGAGCCAGUGCAGUGCCACGUGUGGGAAUAGGGGCACCCGGUCCAGGGAGGUGCGCUGUGUCAGCUCAGGGGGCGAGGAGGUAGCCCCGUCGCUCUGCCGUCACCUGUCCAGGCCCGUGGCGAGGUCUCAACCCUGCAACAUGAACACCUGCCCACCGAGCUGGGUCUCCACAAUGUGGUCUGAGUGCUCCACCAUGUGUGGCCCUGGGUCCAGGCAGAGGCAGGUAUCCUGUCAGCAGGUGUCCUCUGCUGGGACAGCCAGGCUGCUGGCCCCCUCUGUCUGCAAGGCUGCGCUCCGGCCCGCAGAUACUGAGGAGUGCCGGUCGGACGCCUGCGUGUCUUGGUUCGCCAGUCCUUGGGGACAGUGCUCCGGACGAUGCCUCGGCCCUGCCUUAGCUACGCAGAGCAGGCCGGUGACUUGCAGGCAUCGCGAUGGCUCCACCGUCCCGGACUGGCACUGCGACCCUAGGAACAGGCCGAUGUCUGUGCGAAGAUGCUCACUGGAGCGGUGCAGCGUGCAGUGGCGUACUGGCCCCUGGAGGGUGUGCAGCGCAGCCUGCGGCAGCGGGUUCCAGUCUCGCAAGGUGGAAUGUGUCCACAGACGGAGCAGGAAGACGCUGGCUGACCAGCACUGCGCCUGGAAGCGCCGCCCCAUCACCUGGCAGCACUGCAGCGCAACAUCCUGCAGCAGUGAAUGCGAGGACACGACUCAUUACUGCGCCGUGGUGAAGCAGCUCAAGCUGUGCCUGGUUGAUCUUUACCGGCGGAGGUGCUGUCAGUCAUGUGGAGGGGAGCAGCCGCUGGCCAUGCAGUGAUGCGGGACACCGGAGAUUGGAGCGCAGGUGGACUCCAUGGCAGCACAGAUUAUCCAGCUGAUCGAAUGACUGUGCGAAGAAGGCCUACUGAGAAACGCUACUGUUGCACCACUGACGGAAGACAGUCCUCGUUCGGCGGAAACGUCUCCGAUGUCUCCCUCUCAGCGCGGAGGGAAAACGGGUGCUGUCCUGGGUUACGGAAUGGAUGCUUUCUUGAAACGGACAAGGAAGAGAUGUGAACCAGAAAGGCCCAAGCUCAGAGCUGCAUGUGCGACACGCCUGCUUUGAAAUAAUCACAUCUUUUUGCCACUUACUGGAUGACUUAACAAGCUUACUAUACUAUACACCAACAUUACAUCGCAUUUGACUAAACUAAUUUGUGCUGCUUUCUUUAAUUCUUUUUCCUUUCGAUUACAUGUUGUCAAAGGAUAUGCAGAAUCUUUCAGUUUAAAAGAUGAUCUCUGGGCAAGGGAAAAGUUGAAAGCAUAUUGACAUAGGUACAAAGGGAAAGGCCAUAAUGUGUAUGAAAUAUGACGUGGUUAAACAUAAAGUAUGAUCGGUUAAAAGAAUUUCCAAAAUAUCUUAAAUUGACAAAACAGCUUCUCUUUCAGGUCCAAUUUGUCGCUGGAGAAAGUAAUUCUAUCAUUUUAAGCUUCCGUUUGCAAAUCCUGCAGUAACUAUUCUUUAAUUUUCAACAAUUCACCUGAAUUUCGUUUCGUUAAAGAUACAACAGAUGUCUUUCUAACGACAGUGGUCCAAGAUUUCUGUUCACCGGAAAAAUGUUCCGCCUCCAUCAAACUCCAGAGGCUGUAUCGCUAUUUGUCACAGAGGUACCUUAGAGACUAACUGAAUUUGUAAAACUGGGCUGAUGAAAGCAUAGAAGUGUUCUUUAAUGACCUUUCACACAAAGCAUAUGGAGGCAUGGCAUGAAGAUGUGGUUUUCUGGACAGAGUAAGAAUAAUGCCAAACUGAAAGGAAUUUCAGUAGGGAAAUAGGGGAAAAUCCCUAUCGACCAUGUAAUGUAGUGUAACAGUAAGUUCAAUGUGUCUGUAAAACUGGCUCUGAAAAUUACCUAGUGAAAGUAUAAAUACAUGGCAAUAACAUAUUUCCUUAUUAGCCAUAUUAACAUAUCUCCAAGUGCACGAUUUAGCUUUGUCU